AAAUGUGCUCUUUGCUAUUCAUACUUUGAAAUGAAAAUAUACAUAUAUAUAUAUAUAUAUAUAUACACACAUUUUGAUUUAAAUCAAGAUCACACGAAAUAAUAAUAAUAAUAAUAAUAAUCUUCUUAAUAAGAUCUAUUUUCCGUUUUUCUGAAGAGAAAACCUAGACAUCAAGUCUUAUUAAGUUACCGCGAGGAUAAUUAUUCUUAUUAACUGGGAAUUAGGGACCUAUGACCUAUCACAUCCUAAUAAUAUCAAUAAGACCCAUAUGAAUCAUAGGAUCGAAAAUCUGGGGUAUUACAUUAAUAAUGAAAAUUAGUUUAUUUGUUUAGAAGAUGGAACAUUCUUUAAAAAAAAAAGAAUAAAAGUUUGUCUUUAUAUGCUUUCAAUCUACUUAAUAUUGAAUUAAUUGAAUGGCGAACAAUUAUCUAUUAUAUUAAGUGAUUGUUAAAAAAAUGCAUGAAAAUGAAGUGUACGGAAUGCUCCCGCCCCCGAACCCCGUGUAAAUGUUUUCAAACGUCGUAGUUCACCAAAUUCAGUCCCCACAACGUUAAAUUCUGAAGCUGCCCUUGAGUGGGAUGGAGAAAGUAAUAAUAAUAAUAAUAAUAAUCUCUUCGGUGAAUUUGAGAAAAUAAAGAAUAUACGUGUGUAAGUAUGGCCCAAUGUAUUUUUCAAAUAGGCCCAAUCCAAAUUAAAAAAUACUAAGUUGUCGGUUUGGGGCCAGUUCGCUUUCCGUUCGCAAUUGAGACCCGCUGUAUGAGUCGUGGAGUCGGUGUUUACGUCGCGUUAAUCUCGAUUCUUCAAGUAAAUUCCAGAAACCCCCCACAAAUUCUCCCACGAAAAACUAUAAAUUCCUCGCUUAAUUCGCUCCAACUUUUAUUUCUCCAAACCUGAUAUUGCCGCUAUAGUUUAGUAUAUCUUUUUUCAGACGUUAAUCCAUUGACUGCGAGAAAAAAAGAAGCAGAAACAUGGCAAGAGAAGGCCCUAAUUGGGAAGGAUUGCUUAAGUGGAGUCUUUCCCACGCCGACGGUACUAACACUUCUCGCAGUUUGAGUGAGGAGGAUAGAAGAUGGUUUAUGGAGGCGAUGCAAGGGCAGACAAUUGAUGUUAUUAAGCGAAUGAAGGAGAUAACACUUGUUAUGAAGACCCCUGAGCAGGUUUUGGAGUCUCAGGGGGUGACUCCUCAAGAUAUUGAAGAUAUGUUGGAUGAGCUACAAGAACAUGUGGAAUCCAUCGACAAUGCUAAUGAUCUUCACUCCAUUGGUGGUCUUGCUCCUCUCCUCGACUACCUUAGAAAUCCACAUGCUAACAUUAGGGCAAAAGCAGCCGACGUUGUUAGCACGGUCGUGCAGAACAAUCCCAGGAGUCAACAGCUGGUAAUGGAAGCUAAUGGUAUGGAGCCGCUGCUGUCCAAUUUUACUUCUGAUCCAGAUGUUGGAGUGCGUACCAAAGCGCUCGGGGCAAUCUCUUCUCUGAUUAGGCAUAACAAGCCUGGAAUUGCUGCAUUCCGGUUGGCUAACGGUUACGCCGCGCUAAGAGAUGCUUUGGGCUCCGAGAGUGUGAGAUUUCAAAGGAAAGCCCUGAACUUGAUCCAUUAUCUACUUAGUGAGAAUCAUUCAGACAUUAACGUCAUAUCCGAACUCGGCUUUCCUCGCAUCAUGAUGCACCUUGCAUCAAGUGAGGAUUCUGAUGUGCGCGAAGCUGCACUAAGGAGCCUUCUCGAUCUAGCUCGGGACAGAUCAGAGAAGCCCGAUACUCCAAAUGAAGAUGAUGACAAACUGAAGCAGAUUCUACAAGACAGGAUCAAAGGGAUCAGUGAGAUGUCUCUUGAAGACCUAGGAGCCGCGAAAGAGGAAAGGGAGCUUGUGGACUCUCUUUGGAAAGCCUGUCACAACGAACCAUCACCUCUUUUCGAGCAGGGUCUUCUAUCACUCCCUGGAGAAGACGCUCCGCCUCCAGAUGUAGCGAGCCAGUAUUUCCAGCCGCCUCUUAGAGCUUGGGCUGCAAACAGAAAUCCUGAUCCAAAACCAGAGAACGAGAAGAAGGAAGCGCCGUUGUUGUUAGGCCCCGGACCCUCAGCUUGAAUUAGUUUGUGCUGGACGGGUGCAGAUAUAUCACUGCAUUGUUAGUUUUUGUCGAGAUGUUCAGCGCAAUUAUGCACCAAAAUCAUAUUAUUUGUGGGUAAGUCCAAGAUCUUGUUCUAUAUUUGUACUUUCCAUAUAUUCCAAAAGUACAAAACUUUUUAUCUUUAUGUGCAACUGUUCAUUGUUUGCAUCAA